UAAUGGGUGCAUAUAAAUAUUUACAAGAGCUUUGGAAAAAGAAAUAAUCUGAUGUCCUCAGCUUCAUCAUGAGAAUCAGAACAUGGGAAUACAGAUAAUUGCCAGUCAUUCAUAGAGCAACUAGACCCAGCAGACCAGAUAAAGCCAGAAGAUUAGGUUACAAGGCCAAAUAAGGUUAGAUUUUAAACUGAUCUUUUAAAGGUUAUGUAAUUUACAGAGUCAGAGUCAGAAGAGGUGGAAGAAAAUUGUUGAUCAGAAAGGGUCUUGUUAAGGGUAAACCUAAGAGUCAAGGAGUUAAUCAAUUAAAGCCCACCAGAAAUCUUAGAUCAGUUGCUGAAGAGAGAGUUGGCAGAAAAAUUGGAGCAUUGAGAGUUUUAAAUUCAUAUUGGGUGGCUCAAGACGGAACAUACAAAUAUUAUGAGGUCAUCACAGUUGAUCCAUUCCAUUCCGCCAUCAGAGGAGAUCCAAGAAUCAAUUGGAUUACCCAACCAGUUCACAAACACAGAGAAUUAAGAGGUAUAGUCUGCAAUUUCUAUAAUUUUAGGCUUAACAUCUGCUGGUAGAAAGAGUAGAGGUCUCAGAGUAAAGGGUCACAGAAAUAAUCAAACAAGACCAUCAAGAAGAGCCAAUUACGCUAGAAGAAACAGAAUUUCCCUCAGAAGGUACAGAUGAU